AUGGCUGACAUAUACACACACUUGUGUAUUUAACUAUUCAUUCGAAAUAAUAUUAACCCCCUUCACACAGUCACACUCACACACCAUUCUUCUUCUUCUAUUAGUAUCUGCAUCUUUCUCAACACAAACUAAACUACAAAACACCCUCUCUCUCCAUAUAUACCAGUAGUAUAUUCACAGUGGGAGAGAGAGAGAGACAGAGACAGAGAGAGAGAGAGAGAGAUGGCGGAUGAAGGGGGGAACGGAGGAGGGCAAGGUGGGUUUGUGAGAGCAGACCAAAUAGAUCUAAAGAGUUUAGAUGAGCAGCUUCAGAGGCAUCUCAGUAGAGCCUGGACUAUGGAAAAAAAUGCUAAUAAUGCAAGCAGCAAUGGUACUACCACUACUACUACUAGUACUAAUAAUAACAACAAUAAUUUCAAGAAAACAGAGCAAGCUGCUACAAAGCAAGAAUGGGAAAUCGACCCCUCCAAGCUCAUUAUCAAAUCUGUUAUUGCUCGUGGCACUUUUGGGAUUGUUCAUCGUGGUGUUUAUGAUGGCCUUGAUGUUGCAGUUAAACUUCUUGACUGGGGGGAAGAGGGCCACAGGACAGAGGCUGAGGUAGCUUCACUAAGAGCAGCUUUCACCCAGGAGGUUGCUGUGUGGCACAAGCUUGAUCAUCCUAAUGUAACCAAAUUCAUAGGUGCUACAAUGGGAGCAUCAGGUAUCAGCAUUCAAACAGAAAAUGGUCAUGUUGGCAUGCCGCGUAAUGUUUGUUGUGUUGUUGUUGAAUAUCUUCCCGGUGGAGCACUAAAAUCUUUCCUCAUAAAAAAUCGGAGAAGGAAGUUGGCAUUCAAGGUUGUUCACCAAAUAGCACUAGAUCUUGCUCGAGGGUUGAGUUAUCUUCACUCUGAGAAGAUUGUUCACAGGGAUGUGAAAACGGAAAAUAUGCUUUUGGACAAGACAAGAACAUUAAAAAUAGCCGAUUUUGGGGUUGCUCGUGUUGAGGCUUCAAACCCAAAUGACAUGACUGGUGAAACUGGUACCCUUGGUUAUAUGGCACCGGAGGUUCUUAAUGGUAAUCCAUACAACAGGAAGUGUGAUGUGUAUAGUUACGGAAUCUGUGUAUGGGAAAUAUACUGCUGUGACAUGCCAUAUCCUGACCUCAGCUUCUCGGAAGUGACAUCUGCUGUUGUCCGCCAGAAUUUAAGGCCAGAAAUCCCUCGAUGCUGCCCCAGUUCUCUUGCAAAUGUAAUGAAGCGAUGUUGGGAUGCUAAUCCCGACAAGCGGCCUGAGAUGGAUGAAGUGGUGACCAUGCUGGAGGCCAUCGACACUUCAAAAGGGGGAGGUAUGCUCCCACAUGAUCACCCCCAGGGUUGUUUAUGUUUCCGAAGGUAUCGAGGACCUUAAGAAAAUUAUUACUGAGCCCGAAUAGUGGUUGUUACAUGUGAUAUUGAAUACCAAGAAAGUUUAUUAAAUUUGGUGUUCUGAAACAUGAUUUCAAAGCUAGAAUCAGGAAUUAAGAACCUCGAAAUUCAAAGCUUAAGAAGUUUAUCUGUGGCUUGUUUACUUCGUCAACUUUAAUAUGCAGUUUUUAAGAUUUUUAUUUUAAA